GGCCCGACGCCGUAGUGCGUGAGUACGUGUGUUUAUACUCGCUCGCAGUAGUAGAGCAGCCCUGCCCGACACCACGCACACGGGCGACACAUGAGUGGGCAGGACCGUGAGUGCCCGGGUCGCCGUCCAAUCGGCGGAUAGUAAAGCAAUCACUGGCUGGCGGGGUCAGCCAAUGGCGUGCGACACCACCGGGCCGGCAGCCAAUAGGAUGCGCGCAAAACGUGGGCACGUGGAUCCGCGCACAUGUUGACGCUCACAAACUGCCGAGAGAAAGAGCGAGCAAAGACACAACCGAUGAACGGCCGGCCGGGCGGUCUGUGUGCCAGAGAGAGAGAGAGCUGAGGCUGGACGCCCCGAUGCUGCUCCAGCUACGGACUGUGUAUUGACGGAUCUGUCGUAUAAACUACGGGAUAGAGCCGUCAGCGAUUGUUUCUGGCAGCUGCUGUUUUUAUCGCACAUAACUGACGCAAUGCAGUCCCAGGGCAGCACUUCCUCUCAGCCCUCCUUUGAUUCCAUGAGCUCCAGUGACAGCCUCUUGUUCAGCGACUCGGAGCAGGCAGAAGACGACACAGACGUCUUCCUGACAGACAGUUCGUCCUCGGUCAUCAUCGGUGGCGUGGGCGGGGCUGCGGCCAGUGGAGACAGAGGGUCGGAAAGUCCCGGGUCCCAGUGGACGUGCGACGGCUUUACAGAUAAAGAGGAAGAGGAGGAGUCGGAGAGGCCGCAGAACAGUGGCAAGAGAGCUCACAUCAACUUGGGGGAGUCGGAUGCUACGAGCCAGAUCCCAAAAUCACAGGGAGAUCUGCUGUUUGCUCAAAAGUGUGCUGAGCUACAGGGUUUUGUCAGGCCCCUGCUGGAGCUGCUGAAUGGCCUGAAGAGGGGCCGAUUCGAUCGAGGUUUGAGUAGUUUCCAGCAGAGCGUCGCCAUGGAUCGAAUCCAGAGGAUUGUGGGUGUUUUACAGCGACCCAACAGCGGUCGUAUGUUUUGUAGGGAGAGGUACCUGAACACUCUGCUCCAGGUGGAGGUGAUGCUGAAGCUUUGGUUUCCUCAGAUCCACACUCAGCCUGUCUCUGUAGCCUCCAGCGUCGCCGCUUCCCCUGCUCGCUCCCUCAAAGACACUACAAGCUCCACCCCACCGCACAAGCACAGGGAUCAGUUACACAUUCCCGUCAAGAAGCGCAGGCUCAGCUGGACAGGUACGGACUCCCCCACACCUUCUCCUGUGCUUCUCAAGUGCCCUCGUAUCAGUGCUGAAGAGAAGAGGGCAGCGCAAGAUUGUGAUGAAAGGGACGGCUCCCCUCCUCCAACAUUGGCACCUGAUGCAAACCAAAAUUCGCCAGAUUUGGCCAGUAACAGCCAGCUAAAAGAGGACACAAAGGGAAAGGACAGUGACAACGAGGAACUAGGAAAGCAAUCAAAAUACCAAGCAGGUCAAAGCUCUGAGCCAAGCCUGACGUGGGUUCACGUUGCCCCCAUCCUCUCCCCACGAAAGGCCUGCCCUUCACAUGAGGGCGCAGCAGCGGCAGGUAACAAUGAAAACCCUCCCGUUACUGCCGUCCUGACACCAGGCAGGAGGGGCAGUCCAGCUACACAAGACAGCUCCAUCUCUUCUACUACACCCUACAAGCACCCAAAAAAUCUGAAGAAGCCAACCCGGUGCCAAAGCCAGCCUGGACAACAGAGUGAAAGUGAGACCCCGGAGACAUGUCAGGGUCAAAGUCAGUCUCCUCAAGUCACGCUUGCGCCUUUGCCUGGGGUGUGCCCAACCCCCUUGGAGACCUGAUGCAUUGAUAAAGAGAGCCAGCAGCCUUGCUUUGUUACAUCACCGGGCUAAAAGCUGCUGUGUGAGGAAGAAGGGAAGAGGCUAGAGGCCUGUGAUUUUAGAUGCAUUAAAGGGUGGAAGGAAUUGUUGGUGGUAAAGGCUGAAGACAAAUGAUGGAUCGUGCAUGACCUCCUCAAAAACUGCAACCAAUAUUUCAAACAACAGGACAUAAUGUGUUUAAAUGAAAUCUAUUAGAGUUGAUCAUCACAAUUACAUAACAAGCUAAACAUGCACGAAAGCAGUUGUGGUUGAGGGGGAUAGGAAAGAACACCUAAAGCUAACUAUUUUAAACUUAUUGAUAAUAGGAGAGAUUCUAAAGAGUUUCUAGGAGUGAAUAAUAGAUUCUCCUCCGCAUGAAAGCAAUCAUUAAAUUCAGAGACGACUGUUUUGUCAGACAUCUAACUGGAGGGACACACUCGAUCUGAAAUUAGAAAAGCUGAUGUCAAUAUUCAGAAUGAAAGCUUCUGAGGUUUAUUGUAAUGUGAUAACUUCAAUCCAGAGUCAGUAACACAGGGUGAGCUAGUCUUACAGAAAGAGACGUGUUUGACGUUACAUUCACUUGUAGAUAGAAUUGAGGAUUCUUUCUGGCAUGAAGAGGAAAAGUAACUUGAAUUCAUUGGAAAUCUUGUAGCUAGAGAUGUGAGAAAUACAGUGUACAGAACGCAGCAUUAUACUGUACGUGUGGUGUGUAAGAGUCAUCCGAGACUGUGGAAAAAAUGAUGUCAUCAACUCACGAAUGUAAUCCAAGAACGGUUUGGGCACUUGGCAUCGAGAGGUGUGUCAUCACAGCGAUCAGAGGUCAACUUUUCUUGUCAUGCUGUGGAUCAGAUGUUUCUGCCCGAUCCUCGACUGCAAACUGACCGGAAAUCAGUGUCAUGAAAAUCAAAGAAAGAGUAAAAAACAAGGACCACUCAAAGACAUGUGACUCUCGAGUCCCACAGUUAAUUUAUUCAUGUGUUGAUCGGACACUGCAUUUAUUUAUUGUUUGUAUUUAUUUAUUGGGCAGCUGAAUAUUGCCUCCUGUGCGCUGGCAUAGUUUGGCCUACAAUUGUUUUGAGGGGAUUGGGAAGAUGCUGUUGACAGUUUAUGGUUUUUAUUGCUAUCAUGAGGAGAAAAACACGAAGGAAGUGAAACGUUAUGAUUGGAUAUUGGACUACUGUGCCUUUUUACCAAAUAGGAUGUGUUCAGAAAAGCAUUUGGUGCUUUCAGUGCAUUCAUACUGCAUUUUGAUUGUUUGCUUGUAUUUCACAAAACUGGUACACAUCCAAUCAUAAAAGCCUACAUGUAGUCACUUUCAUCUUGCUUCUAAAGUUACACACACAGCAUCCAAACCAUAGACUGUAAAUAGAGAUGGAUGACAUGUAUCUACUUCUGCCCACUGUAGAAAAAUGAAGCCAAAAUAUCCUGGAUACGGCGGUGCCAUCUUGUAUUAGUGAUGUCAUUUGGAGCCAGAGUCUGCCCCGCAAUAAUCAGACAGAGGAGCCAUGGUAUCGGGCUGAUAAGCAAACUUAUCAGAAAAAUGAUCAGCAUGAUAACAACUAACUAAACUGACAGAAAUAUCGUUGGAAGAAAUUGUUUUUUCCUCCGCUAAUUUAAAAGGGGGCGGGAUUUAUGACACAUACUGCAGCCAGCAACCAGGGGGCGAUCACAAUGUUUUGGCUUCUCUUUUGCGGAGUCGUCAUGUCGUCCAUCUUUAUAUACCGUCUAUGAUCCAAACCAACAGUAUCAUCAACUAUCUACUGCUUAAAAGCCGGCGUCCAGUUCUAGUUUUCAGACAUCUACAGUUACAUAAAUUGCAUACAUCUCCAACUUUUACACACACCAACAGCAGUGGCUACUAUUUGUCAUGUAAUAUUAAAGUGUAGCCUUCCUUUGGAGCUUUUCCUUGGGUUCUGAUCAACAGAGGAACAGACUGAACUGCACUUGUAGCUGGUGCUCUUGAAAACUUGAAAAAACAGAGUAAAUAUAAAUGUAAUGGAGGAAAUCUUUUAUUUGCACCACCCUCUACUGCUGCUAUUGUUAUUCUGAUUCCAGUUUAGUUGAGAUGUUUGAUAGGAGAAAUCUGCUCACAAUAUUCUUCUAAAUAUAGGAGGGGUUUAAGUGAUGUGAUUGGAUUUAGCUAUAUUGCAAAAGUAUUGUAAAUAUUUAGACUAAAAUAUUUUUAAAUUGGUAUGAGUGGUUCAUACACUAUUUACAUGAAUACAAAGGAGGGAUAUCAAAGUACCUUUCUCCUCCAAAAAAAAGCACCACAUGUGAACACAGAGCCACUGGCAGCCUCCAUGUUACUGCCUAUGUUUGUGGAGUAAGGAGCGUAUAAACCCUCAGUCACAGACCCAGGGUCAGACCGUCUUACCCCAUGCCGUCUUCAAAUGUGGUGGUAUGACGUGCCAGACGCUGACUCUCGAUCAGACGCUGGGGUGUCCCACUCCUGUUUUUAUACGGUUCUGGUAUGACAGAGAAACCAAUUGCACUUAUUUUUCAUUGUUUAUGUCCUUUUUUCAUGUAUGUUUUCUACUGCAGUGACCACUGCUGAUUGGUCAGAAAUAAUAUGUCUUGUUUGUUUUAGCUGCCUUUUUUUUCUUAAACUGUAAAAGCUGACUAUAGUUCCCUCCUCGCCUCCCCUCCCCCACUCUGCUGCAUUCGUCUGCCCUUGCCCUCUCUCCUUCAUCUCCCUCGAUCCCAGUUAGUGUGUUUUCUAUCUAAACUAAACUCUGUCUUUCUCUCACCCCAUCUUUACAUGCUAUUACUCUUCUGGCUACUUUUUCAAUAAUGAUGAAAAGGAAAAAAAUCUUUUAAUAAAUGACACA